UCGGCAUGUGGGUCACGCGAAGCCGCAUUACACACAGUUCAGCCCUUCAGCAGCAGCGAUGGGAAAACAAACUUUAACUGCGCGACAGAGAUAAGAAUCAGCCGCUAUCCGUGUGGAAGCUCGAGCGGAGUGUCGGCUGUCGGGAUUAGGAUGAUUUUCAGAAGCUGUCCCGGUUCGGUGCUGGUGGAAAAGCGGCAGCAUUGAGGCGCAGAGCCGCUCGGAGUUGCGGGAUUAGUUCGCUCGCAGCCUGACAGCGGAGGCUGACUGCGGUGGGAUGGGCUGUGAGGUGUUCAAGAUGGCGGCGCCCUGUGGAGUGAAUCUACUCUAACAGCGGUGCCUGGAGACUGUAUUGGUGGGCGGGCCCCAGGAGUCCUCCAGGCAAGCCGGGUCUGACACUGGGAGAGAAACGCGGCCUGCACCUCCAGCACUGCCACCAUGGCCAGGGAGCAGCCCAACGUCGGGGACCUCCUCCCGCUCCUGGAGACCUCCGACCUCCAGCAGCUCGAAGAGAUCCGGAGCCUCAUCAACGAGCAGCUCAGCACCGAGCGAGGCUCCAUGCUGCUGAACGGGUUGGUGGACUACUUCCUGGAAACCAACUCCGCCCAGGCCCUGCAUAUCCUGUCCUCAGUCAGAGAGCCGCAUGACAAGCACCUUCUGGACAAGAUGAACGACUGUAUGGCCAAACCAGCUUGCCGGCUGCCCACCCUCAUGCUGCUCGGCCACGUGGUCCGAAAGCAGCCGUCCUGGAUCCACAAGAUGGCCCGCUACCCUCUGCUGCUCUCCCUGCUGAAAUGCCUCAAGGUGAGCCGCCAUGUUGGCACGAAGCAGCAGGGCGAGAUGGUUUGGUUUGUUAUGAUGAUCGAGAUUCUCAUGGAGUUGUUGGUUUUUGGUGGCAGUGAGAACCAGAACCGUCUUCCUGUCACUCUGAUUUAAACACCAAGGUUGGUC